AUGAAGUUCAUCACUGCUGCUACUGCCCUGGCCCUCUGCGCCGCUCUCGGUGUUGCCGCCGCCCCCGUCUCCGAGGCUCCCCUUGCCGAGCGAGCCGUUGUCGAGGAGCGCACCGUUCGCAACAACCCUUGGAAGCGAACCGUCCGCAACAACCCUUGGAAGCGUGACGAGGACCUCGAGGAGCGAACCGUUCGCAACAACCCUUGGAAGCGUGAGGAAGACCUCGAGGAGCGCACCGUCCGCAACAACCCUUGGAAGCGAACUGUCCGCAACAACCCCUGGAAGCGUGACGAGGACGUCGAAGAGCGCACCGUCCGCAACGCUCCCUGGAAGCGCGAGGAACAGUCUCUUGAGGAGCGUACUGUCCGCAACGCUCCCUGGAAGCGUGACGAGGAUGUCGAGGAGCGCACUGUCCGCAACGCUCCCUGGAAGCGCGACGAGGACGUCGAAGAGCGCACCAUCGCUGCUAUCAUGACUGUGCUUUCAAAACGCUUCCCAACACGUGCUUCUGGUCGCGCAAAGUCCAUCACUAUCUUAGUGUACGCAAGAAUACGCUCCUCCUCCGCCACCUCCCUCUUUGACGAAUCCCGCGCAAGUCCAACGUACUUUCCUUCUCUCCUCUGGACACGCACUUGA